AUGCUUAGAUUUGUAGCCAGAAAUCUCAAUAAUGUUUAUAAAUUUUCCGAAUUGUAAAAGUUUGGAGUCUCUUUUCUUGGUUCUGGAAAUGCAGAAUAUUUGGAAAAUCUAUUCGAUUAAUGGUACUAGGAUAAUAAAUCUGUCCCUGCUACUUGGGAUUCAUAUUUUAGAUAAGUUUUGGAAUCUAACAAUUUUGAUUUCACUCCUGAGCCAUAAAAUGGAUAGGCAGUUUCUGUUAGAUUAGAUGUAUGAUAAUCCAUAAGAAAUUAGGGGUAAUCAGGUGUAAGGAAAUUAUUAAGUGAUCAUUUCAGAGUUUUAUUGCUAAUAAAUAAAUACAGACAUAGAGGACAUGAGAAGUCAUAAGUGGACCCUUUGGANUUCAUUAAUUAAAAUAUGUUAAGAAUAACAACAUCAUAAUGGUACUUAAUUUGCAUUUAGUUAUUAUUCUUAUUUAUAUUGAUAUUCAAUUAUGCUUGCCAAUCCUUAAAUUGUUGUAUAAUUUAAGAGAAAAUAAAUUAGUAAAUUUUAAUAAGAUUAAAUAUUAAAACUAUUUUAAUAACUUGA